AUGGGUGGCUCGGCAGAGCACCAGCGCCUGCAGGGCUUGACACCGUAUUUGCCCGAUAGCUGUUUUGAGCUGCUAGCUCCUGAGUUCGCCCCAAUGGUGGCCAAGGGGUUCAAGGAUGGGCCUGUGGCGAGCGACUGUGAGUCUUUGGGGGCAAAGUGGGAUGAGUUUCCAAUCCUUCGCCAACGCGCACGCGACGGCAAGAAGCUCGUGCUGGACGUGACGGGGCAAGCGGAGGUGCAAGCAAGCAGCGAGAACCUCAAGCUCAACUCUGAGGUGCUCGAAGCCGUCCUCUCUCACAUGCUUUCUCGUGGGCGGGUUGGAGCAGACCCGAUCGGGCACCUUUGGCGCAUGGCCUUCUCGUUUUACACGUUCAACAAGCAGCUCUACACGAGCGUCAGUGAGAAAGGCUUGAAGGAUUCCGAAGCUACCAAGCUGUUCGACAUGCUGAAAGCCUCGUACCAAAAGCGGCUUGAGGACUUGCAGAAGGGCACGGAUGUUGGCGCGGGAGGUGAGGGUGAUGACAACCAGGCUGCUGAUGAAGGCGCCGCUGAGCAUUGUGGUGCUGAGCCUGAUGCCGAGGAGCGCCCUGCUGCUGAGGAGCGCCCUGAUGCUGAGGAGCGCCCUGAUGCUGAGCACCCGGAUGCUGACAAGCAAGCUGGCGGCACGCGUGAGGGGCAGCAAAUGGGAGAGGAAGCUGAGCUGUUGCCCAAAGAGCCUCAAGCAUCUUCACGGGCUUUAACUCCGGCUUUGCCUCCUGCAACUUCAGACCAGCGCGUGAAGCCAAGCGACGGUGCGACUGCCUUGAGCAGCUCCGCAUCCUCAAGCUCAGACCCGGCUAAACUACUGGCGGCCUACAAGGAGAAGCUACGCGAGGCUGAAGAAAAGCUACGCAAACUGCAGGCUACGCGUGGUGACGAGCAGCGCCUGGGCUGGAAUUUGUCACGAGACGCUGCGGAGGGCACAGCGCCAGAUGUCCAGUGCGGCUACAAGCUUAACCCGGACGAAAUGGACGUGCUUGUCAUCGAGGAUUCGCAGGAGGACAGUGUGGACGAGUGCAAAGACACAGGGGCGGAGAAGGAUCCCUACUGUGCGGAGGAGCUCUUUGACAAGCUGGAGGUGGAGCUGAGCGGCUUGCAGGUGGAGCACGGUGGCACACAGGCGGAGACGGGGGAGGAGGUGGCGGAGAAGGAUCCCUACGGCACGCAUGUGGAGCAGCUAGACUUGGUGGAGAAGGAGCUCUUUGGCAAGGCGGCGCAGGAGCUCAGCAACACGCAGGGCGGGCUGCGCGGGAUAGACGUGGAGCUGGUGGAGAGGGAGCUCUACAGCACGCAGGUGAAGGAGCUCAAUGCGCGGCUGGAGAAAGAGGUCUUUGACAAGCAGGUGGAGCUCAGCAGCAUCCAGGCGGAGGAGGAGCUCAACCCGCAGGUGGCCAAGGACAUCUUGGUGGGCGGCGCGCAGGCAGAGCUUUUUUCCAUCAAGGACGAGCUCAACGCACAGGUGGGUAAGGACAGCUUCGUGGACGGCACGCAGGCGGAGCUCUUUACCAAGCAGACAGAGCAGGUGGCCAAGGACAGCUUCGUGGGCGGCGAGCUCAGCACGCAUGUGGACAAGGGCAGCUUCAUGGGCGACGUGCGCUCUACCAAGCAGACGGAGGAGGCCAACGUGCAGGUCGACGUGAGCGGCACGCAGGUGGAACUUUCUGGCAGGGAGGAGCUCAAUGCGCAGAUCAACAAGGACAACUUCAUGGGCAGCCCGCAGGUGGAACUGUCACCCAAGCAGAAACGGAAUGGGCAGACGGACAAGGACAUCUUUGCGGGCGGGACGUACAUGGAACUCUUUACCAAGGAGGAGGAGGUCAUCGCGCAGGUGGACAAGGACAGCUUCGCGGGCGGCAUGCAGGUGGAACUCUCUACCAAGGAGGAGCUUAGCACGCAGGUGGACAAGGACAGCUUCGCGGGCGGCGUGGAACUCUCUACCAAGGAGAAGCUCAACACGCAGCUGGACAAGGACAGCUUUGUGGGCGGCAUGCAUGCGGAGCUCUCUACCAAGCAGGCGCAGGACAGCUUCACGGGUGGUGGCGCGCAGGUGGAGCUCUCCACCAACAAGGAGCUCAAGACGCAGGCGGAGAAGGGCAGCUUCGUUGUCACGCAGAUGAAGGAGCUCGGGGGCAAGAAGGUCCACGUGGAGGUGGAGAAGGGGCUCUUUGACAAGGGGUUGGAGACGCAAGCGGAGAAGCCGGUCAACACGAAGGUGGAGGCGGGCAGCGACGCGGAGGCAGAGGUGGCGAAGGAGAUCUACAGCACAAGCGCGCAGAACAAGCCCGACACUGCUGAGGCGCUGGGCAAUUUCACGACACCGCCCAAGCGCACCCUAAACAAAGACGACCUACCUGCUAUAUCCCCUGCUGAGGAAGUGGUCACCAAAGAUGAGCAGAUGCGACUUGUGGCGGUGGCAAAGGCAAGCGCCAAGGCCAAGGCUGAGACCAAGGCCAAGGCGAAAGCCAAAGCCAAGGCCAAGGCCACUGCAAAAGCGAAAUCCAAAGGCGCAGCUGCAAAGCCUAAGGGGAAGGCGAAGGCAUUGGCGCGCAAGGGUGACUCCGCAGAGGCAGCCACCAACCCCACCCAAGCUGUUGAGAAUGCCCAGAACGGCUCCAAGGCCAGGAAGAGGGCAGCGAAAGCGUCACCUUCUACACAAAACAAGCGUGCAAGAAAGUCGGUCUCCUCUACCACAACGUCUCCUGAGAGCCCACCUACGCUGGAGCCCCCGAGCAAGAAGACACGCAGCUCUGGACCGGUCUCAACGUCAACUGACACAAAGCUGGAGGAGCAGAAAGGCAAGGUUCCUGCCACGUUCGGUGGCAGGGCUCGCCCGGAGGGUGGCUGGGCUUUGGACAAGUACAUCCGCACUUGCCUGGCGUUCAAGGAGCAUGUCGAGCCAGAGCUCCAGGGCAGAACCAAGCACAAGGCUCAGGACGGCAGGGGUGGGUGCUUUGCGCGACAAGCCAAGAAGAAGGCAGUGGACGACUGCGACCCCUCCGAUUUCAGCUACAUCCAGGUGGCCGCGGCGGAAAUGCUGAAGGAGCUCAUCUUCGUGGAAAGCUUCGCUGGACGUGCCGCCGCAUCAGCGGCUGUCAGAUCCACCUUUCCCAAAAAAGCGCUUGCAUCCCUGGACGUGAAGUUUACGACCUCCAUGGAUAUCAAUACUUCUUCAGGGAUGGGGGCAGCGUUGGCCGCCGCUCUUUGUGGCAGUCCUGAAGGGUGGGUCCACUGGCUGGGGGUACAAUGUUCCACUUGGGUGGCUACCUCGCGUGGCUCAACGGGCAGAUCUUGCUUGGUUCCAGAAGGUCUUUUUGAGGAAGUUCAAUGCGUAGCUGCCGCUAAUUUGAUGGUUGCAAGGGUGGCAGCCCUUUGCCUGGCUACCGUGGCGUUCAAAGGAAGCUAUGUUUUGGAACAACCCCGGUCCAGUCUACUCCAUCAACACAGCCGCAUGCAACAACUACUUUCCUCCUUCCAGGUUUGGAAGGUUCACAUUUGGAUGUGGCAUUAUGGCGCACCGACGCCAAAACGGACAUGCUUAUGGAGCAGCAGUGCAUCAGUUGGCCUUUUUCGGACACGUCCUUUGAAGAAGUUGGAGUACCAGAAAAAGAAGGCGAAGCAAGAGAACGUUCCCCAACCAGUGAGAAAGUAUAAAGAUUCAGAAGGGCGCUCCAGGUACCAUGGGACGGCUGCUCUUAAACAAACGGAGCAGUACACGCCGAUGUUCGGUAACAAAAUUGCUUCUCUCCUGGACCACAUCAAGCCGCCCUGUGACUACGUCACAGAUUCUUUGGAUGUGGACGAGUUUGAAUUGUGGAACAACUGGGAGUGGGGCGACAUGUGGGACGACGCCAAAUUAAGGGAUCUGUGUGUGUAUUUGUACGGGGCCCGCGCGUUGCGAAUUCCGGCUAGGUGGAGGCAAUGGCUUCCCAAAGCGAUUUGA